AUGCUUCUCAUCAGUUUUAAGGCGUUCACAAAAGACUGGAACGAAAUAACAAUUAGAACCAACGACCCGAAUUAUCAAAACAAUUUGCCGUUUUCAAGUGAAGAACUUCUUUUUAUUGAUGUGAAGCAAGUUAAUCGACUAUACUGUAACGACCUGUGCCCUCAACUGCCCUGCCAGAAUGGUGGUUAUUCGGAUCCGAACAACUGUAAUAGAUGUAAAUGUCCAAAAGGAUUAGCCGGUAAGACAUGUCAGGAAAUUCCACAAGUAGGUUGUGGCGGUGAAUUAGUUGCUACUCCUAUAUGGCAGGAACUGGUUCAUCGUGGAAAAAAGAAAUGCUUUUGGAGAAUACGAGUAAGUUUUGACUUCUCGUUUACGUAA